AUUUUGAGACCUAAGUAUGGGGACGUUCUUAUUUUCUAGAGUGGGGGGAUAUUUUGGUAGUUGCCUUUAAGCUGUAACGGGUUCUAGUCUCAUGUCGCAAGCGAACCGAAUUGGCUCCGACCGUUUUGAGGUAGAAAAACACAAGAGAUAGUGUCCCUGACUCUUGAGCUAAUGGUUAUAGGGCCUAUUAUUCUUAAGCCUCAUAAGUGACCGAAGUAGACGACUGUUACAUUUCUUCGGUUACCAUAAUUUUUUUUGACCUACAGAUUGAAUGACUUAUACUAGUCUUGUAGUUUUUCAUGUUGCAAUAAAAGUAUUAAUUUUGUUUCUAGAAUUUCUGAUGAACAGUUUAAUUUCAAACCUGUUUCAGCAAACAACUUCCACAAAUUUUCGUUAUGGAACGUCUGGGUUUCGUGACCGUGCUGAGAAGUUGCUGCCAAUUGUGCCUAGAGUCGGUUUUGUCACCGUAUUGCGCUGUGCUAAGUUAAUUGAAGAUUUAAAACUCAGCAAAUCAUGCGGGUUGAUGAUUACAGCUAGUCACAAUCCAGUAAAAGACAAUGGGCUCAAAAUUGUUGACCAUACUGGAUCGAUGUUGCCAGUUGAAUGGGAAGUUAUUUGUACCAAUAUUGUAAAUGCUGGUUCUGAAGGUCAACUCAGAGUGCUUGUCGGUGAUUUGUUCUGCAAUUUAAAUGAAGACUUCAACUUUGAGGAAAUAAAAAUAUUCGUUGGAAUGGAUACGAGGCCAUCUAGUCUUGAUUUCAAAAACAGUUUAUUAUCCAUUUUUAGUAUUCUCAGAAUAAAUAUUAUCGACUUGGGAUUAGUGACUACUCCGCAAUUGCACUUUGCGGUCUUACAUAGCAACACUGUGUCUUCAGAUCUGACAAAAGAAUCUAAAUUUUAUUUGGAUAAUUACUACAACCAAUUUUCCAGUGCCUUCAAUAAAUUUGCUGAAAAAUUGCCUCUUCGGUCAAUUGAAGAAUGUACAGUUGAUGUAGCUAAUGGCGUAGGUGGCGUUGCUUUGACCGAAGUGGCCUCAAAACUUAAAGAUAAAUUGAGUGUCACUAUCAGAAAUAACGGAGACGGUGUGCUGAAUGAAGGCUGUGGAGCCGAUUUUGUGAUUACGAAUCAGAAAGCGCCUUUCGAGCUGGAAAAGAAUAAAUGCUACUGCUCACUCGACGGAGAUGCAGAUCGAAUUGUGUUUUACAGUUGUGAUGCUGAAGAUUCUUUCCUUCUUUUGGAUGGUGAUCGCAUCACGUGUCUAUUGGUUCAUACAAUACAGAAUCUCAUGCUGAAAACAGAAUUAUCGGAUCGGUUCCACAUAACUGCAGUUCAAACUGCCUAUGCAAAUGGAGCAUCAACAGACUAUCUUCAGAAAACGCUCAAAGUCAAGGUCUUGUGUACGUCAACAGGGGUGAAGCAUCUUCACAGAGCAGCGGAAGAAUCGUCCGAUAUUGGAGUCUAUUUUGAAUCGAAUGGCCACGGGACUGUGAUUUUUUCAAGAGCGUUCAAAGAUUUCAUUCAACAAAAUGAGAAAACUUCACCUGAUUUCGAACUUCUUCAACUUCUGAUCGACAUGACAAAUUCUGCAAUAGGCGAUGCUUUGACAGACCUGUUACUGGUUGUAUCUUGCCUGAAUUAUCUCGAAUGGGGUUUGAAAGAGUGGAGUGGAAUUUAUCAAGAGUGGUUGUCGAAAUUAACGAAGGCGAAAGUUAAAGACAGAUAUUUAUUGAAGGUUACAAAUGCAGACCGAACGAUAGUUGAACCGGAAGGCAUGCAAUCUGAACUGAACAAAUUAAUUGAAAGUGUGAACGAGCGAUCUUCUAAACCGGAAGUGAAAGCGAGAUGUUUCAUCAGACCUUCAGGCACUGAAGAUAUAGUCAGGAUUUACGCUGAGGCAUCGAGUGAAAGUGAUUUAAAUGAGAUUAUAAUUGGGGCAGAGAAUUUGAUUAUGAAGUACUUGGAGUGAAUGGUGGUUUAUACGUAACGGGCAGUUAAAUUUUUAAAAUGAGCAGUGAAUAAAA